AUGAUCGGUGAGUUCUACGGAGUCUGCGCAUGCGCGGCGGUGGAAGACGGUCUUUUGUACGGUGUAUUAACCGCGGCUAAAGUUUCCUACAGCUCUACGCUAUCUCUUUGGUAUCUCAACUCCAUAUCUUGUUUUGGUCGAGCGAGUGCGGCGAUCCUGCAGGGUGGCGUUCAUCUCUGCUCGCAGGCGUACUCGUACCUGGACACGCCGUACCCGGACACCGACUUCCCCACCGAGGUGCGCGAAGCCUGCCUGCGACGCAGCGCCGUAGGAGCCGACGUCCGCGCGGCCAAGGUGAUCGUCGUCGGGGAUGUCUCCGUGGGAAAGACCUGCCUCAUCACAAAGUUCUGCCACGAGGUGUACGACGCCAAUUACAAGGCCACCAUCGGCGUGGACUUCGAAGUGGAGAAGUUCAGCGUGCUCCACGUGCCGUUUAGCCUGCAAAUAUGGGACACGGCGGGACAAGAACGAUUCCGGAGCAUCACGUCUGCCUACUACAGGGGCGCCCAAGUGGUGAUCCUGGUGUUCGACCUGUCGCUGGCCUCGAGCCUGUACAACACGCCCAAGUGGCUGGAGGAGACGCUCGAGAGCAACGGGGGGCACGACCCGCUGCGCUUCCUCGUGGGCACCAAGAAGGACCUCGUCAGUGACGGCGUUCUGGACGGCAUGGAAGAGGACGCCACGAAGAUCGCGCGGAGGCUGGACGCAGAGUAUUGGUCCGUCUCUGCCAAGUCAGGUGAAAACGUUCGGCAGCUGUUCUUCCGAGUGUCCGCGUUGAGCUUCGUCAAGUGCCUCACCAGGGAACUUCAAGAGAAGGUCACCGAAGGGCCGGUCAGCGGGGAGUUCGUGCGACUGCGCAAACGCAAGCACGGCAAGAAACUUAAGGCCCCCAAGUGUUCCGGCAAGCAAUCGUGUUCCAAGUGACUGCUCAAGUCGCUGCAACAUCGUUCGAACACAUCUCGUGGCAGUGGACAAUACUUGCGGGAUAUGAGUGUAGGCGCGAGCUGCACCUUUGUUUCACGCUAAGAUGGACCGUAGCGAAGUCUACCGGCCAACCACGAGCUGCGAAUGCUCUGUUGUCCUAUUGUUAGUCGGCCUCAAUAGACCGAUUCCACCAAGCGUUUGGCGCAUGCGUGACGCCGCCAUAGCUUUGGUACACAGGGGGCAGGCCAUAGGUACCAUAGGAGACAGCAAGUUCGUUUCACGUGCUUAAGGACUAAAGUUCCCUCUAUGCAGUAUGGCAGCGGUAACGUAGCCAGGCUGGCAAAUGAGAUCGGUCUAUUGACUAAUCGACUGCCGAGAAAACGGCAUGUGACUUCGAUCUUCAGUCGCCAAGCAGGUAUUGGCAAACGAGACUCGGCUCUUCAAGUUUGUAUUCGCGGUGAGAAGCUACGCUUCUGUUUUCCUCACUGUGGGUAGUGCACGUCCUACCCACGCAGUUACGUUUUAAUUUUCCUAGCGCAUAAAAGCUUGGCGUUGGACAUGCUUGCACCACCAGAGGAAGUUGAUGUAUCCUCACUCUGGGUUGUCAAAACAAUUCCACCAGGCGGCGAUAUUCAACCUUCCCGCCGCGAAUACAGCGCUUGACGUCGUCGUACCAUGCUGUUAGUCAAUCGUAAUUGUUCUUGCCGAGAUAAACAAUUUGAGUGGUUCAAAAUGUGUGCUGCAAAGCGUGUGUGCCCAGUUGCAAGGCCACCACCGUGGCAGUUGAUGUCACUUCAGAGCAGUCUAUGUGCAUGCGUUCGUCGCUUCGUUGCGUUCCAUCUUAGUGUGAAAUGGUCAUCGGUGCGAUUGGGCUUCCAUGGAGGCGUGAGUCUGCUGGCAGAACACGCCAUCGAGAUGGCAUUGGCGCGAGUCUGCGAACGAGGCCACCAGGAUCUACGUCGGACUGCGGCCUGGAACGCUGCCUAGAACACGUCUCCGACUGGUGCACUCAUCCAAUACAACUUAAAAGACAAGGCGUGCGCAUUACGUCAUCGCGUGGAUACUCGACCCGCCGUAAGCGGCAAAGGUGCGGAAACUCGACAAGAAUACGCCGUGGAUUCACUAGUGAUGACGCUAGAGGAGGAAAAGGCCUUGUCUUCUAGUCUUAGCGUACCCGAAACGCCAACAAAAUGCGUCACACAAUCGGACGAGUAGUGCUACAGGUUGUCGCGAUCCUGGCGGUUGGUUGCAGAAACGCCGGCGCUGCUGGAAUUUCCGUGGUCUGGCCGGCUGCAGACUGAGCUGCGGCAGGCCGGCAGGCGUCUGUCGUAUACACCUCCGGUGUUGUGCCACCGCCAGGGUCACGACAAACCCUGCAGUAUUGAACAGUUGUGGCGUCCCCUGGCGGGAGUCGUGGGAUACUAUGGAGUCACUGAGUGUUCCCAGAGUACCGAAACUGCCAAGCUUCGUUUCAGAACCGAGUGGCGGCGCAUGCAGUCGCGAUCCCCAAUAUGGCGCCGCCCUGUGCUCUCGAAGCGAAGCGCGUACAGUAGCUUCGUUCGAUUUGCCGGCACCGGUGCAGCAAAGUGUAGGGCAGUGUACUUCCGGUAUGUGCAUUGAGGUACGACCGGAAGUACACCGCCCAACACUUUUCUGCACCAAUGCAGAAGGUGUAGCUAAAUCGAACUAACCCAGUGUACCGUUCGUUCUCCUGUGAACUCUUCAGUCCGCGUUCCCAGCCUCUGGCGACACUGGUUUGUCUACGAGGAAACAGCUUGAACACUGAACACUUACACACAUUCAGGACAGGACAUGCACAGAGAGAUGCACCUUCUAGCUCAACUCGAACCGCUUAGACAUUGGUUUGUUUUAGAGCUCAGCUCUUAGGCGCCCGUUUGCGGGUUGAGCGGCGUCGGCGUAACCGCGCGGGUUGCAUGAUGGGACGUUUCCCCGCUAAAGUUAGCGGGGACAUUUCCCCGCUAUAUUUAGCGGAGAAAUUGACGUUACGCGGUCUCAACACUAAUUCAGUUUCCCAGCUAAUUUAGCAGGGAAAAUGACGUCACGACUUCCUCUCACGUCACCCAUGAUAAUAUUCAGCGGCAGGAGGAGAGGAGAAGGAAAGGAGGGAGGAGGGGAGGGUUUGGAGGAAGAGGACGGGCAUACCCUCCCUUUCGUACCCUCCCCUCUCCCUCCUCAGGAAGUGCGCUCUAGUUCCGCAUUACAGAGAACUGUAAACGUCAUUAAUUUUUUUAACAGAUUUUUUUUUUUUUCGUUUUGCGCGGUGCGUGACUUGUUCCUCGGUGUCUCGUCGUCUGUCUCUCUCUCUCUCUCUCCUCGAAACAGAUCGAAGCUGAGUGUUAGGCUUAGCGGUCGAGGCGUAGAGAUAAAAAAGCAGUGCAAGCGCAACCGGAGCGGGCGAACAAGCCGCUAAUCUUCUUUGGCUAACCAUUUUAGUGGCUACUUGAAAUACUAAACAAAACAAAAACCAAAGAAGCUCCACGCAUGUUCCGUUCGGUCCUAACUCAUCGAUUCCCAGAGCUCCCACCCGUCCGUACCCGCACUCGCGGGGUAGCGUGAAAAAGGUUUAUGUGUUUUUUUAUGUUUUAGGAACGAUCCACAAAAUGGCCGACUGAUAACUUCCGCCAAGGGUUAAACCAGACAAUCGGAACUGAAUUCUGCGUAAUUGAGUUCCGGUAAGCGGACUGAAUGGAAUUCGGUACUUUGGGAAUAUUCAGUGACUCUAGGGGGUAUAAAACGAAAACGCAGUAGGCACACAGGAGACGCGUUCCAGGCACCAUACAGUGCAGGGUCGGAGGAAACAGACGACAUAUUUCUGCUGUAUCGCAGGUCGCUGCUUCACCGGGAACAAAGUUUUCAAUUAGCAUUUUCGUUUUUUUCCCUUCUAGAGAACACUACGUAGCGUGGUGCUUGCUUUUGUCUAGU